GGAAGAAAGCGAUCGGAUUAGUACAAGUAGGAGUAAUUGUAUUCAAGGAGGAAUAAAGCAGGAAAAAAGAAAGAAAGAGAAAAGGAAAGAAGGAAGGAAGAGAGACUCACAAGAUGAAACCCUGUCAAAAAAUUGAAGGAAAACCAGAAAAUGAGAGUGAACCAACACUUGAGGAAGAGCCAAAGCCUGAGGAAAAGCCAGAGGAGGAGGAAGAAGAGCCAGAGGAGGAGGAAAAAACAGAAGGAACUUUUAGGGAAAGGCUGAUUCAGUCUCUCCAGGAAUUUAAAGAAGACAUACACAACAGGCAUUUAAGCAAGGAGGAUAUGUUUAGAGAAGUGAAUGAAAUAGACGAGAUAAGGAGAGUAAGAAACAAACUUAUAGUCAUGCGUUGGAAGGUUAACCGAAACCAUCCUUAUCCCUAUUUAAUGUAGUUUGCCUUGAUUUUAAUUUUUUUCUGAUAAUAACAUUGUCAUAGAGCUUUCUUUUGAUUUACAUUUUCCUGAUAUACCUUUGUGCAUCUUUCUACUUUUAACUCGUUGCUAUUAGUGAUUUUAGAUGCAUCUGUUGUUAAUCUUCAUCUCAUUGUUUAUCAUAUUUUGAACCAAUAUACAAGUCUCUGUCUUUUAAUAGGAGAGCUUUACUCAUUUGUACAAAAAGAGGUUCCUGACAGGAUAUAAAAUGAAAAAAAGGUUACUAAGUAAUAUGUGAAUAUCAUAUUUUUUGAAAGGAAGAAUACAUUUGUAUAUUACAUAUAUGCACAAAGAAACGUGUGAAGGAUGAAAGACAAAAAGUAUAGUCAGUGGUAGGAUUAUGAGUAAUUUUUUUAUUCUGCUUAUUUGUAUUUUUUCUUAUUCCUAGAAUGUAUACACAUUAUUGUUAAAGUAAUAAAAGUUUUAUAA